ACCCCAGUCGCGUGCUCCCGCAGCUGGCCCCUAACCCAGAAGACCAUAUGACUGUUCUACAUAGUAUGUGCUGGCCCAAGAUGUGGCGGCGGUCAGGCUGCGGAUCACAGCGGCUUUUCCGCUGUGCAGAUAAGGCUGUGCAGAUCAUCCCUUCAAAUGCUGGGGCUAUCCUUGUCGAGGCGUAGUUUAUGUUCUCUUCUCUCGAUCCGGAUCAUUCAGCAGAUUGGGGGAGGGCUUGGCGCCUUCCUCAACGAUUCAGUCCCACAGCUGCAACAGAGGGAUGUGACUGAUCGGAGACAAUUCCACCUCCGAUCGUACCUUGUUCUUCAUGGGGACCCUUAAAGAGAGUGGCAAGUGCUGCAGCGGUUAACAGUUCCGUCCAUUUGACCUAGCUAGAUUUUGAAGCAUCAGCUCCUUCGCCGAAAACAGCCCUAUCCACUUUGCAGGAUGGAGUGGAACUCUUUUGAUGUGACACAGCAACGUCGAUAUUAUACUCGUGGUCAGCCUCCAAAUGAGCAUAAUGUUGGAGACCUGGGGGAUCUCUCGCCCUAUCCGCAACAUCAGUAUGCACGCAGGGAACAUUCCGAUCCUGCUCAGAGCCAUUGGACACCACCUGCCUGGCCCAAUACGGGAUUAUCAAGGACAUUGAUGUUGAAUUCUUCUCUGGGUCCUCAAUUCCCUUCCCUCAACGUGCCUCAGAACAUCUUCGACGUAGCAUUUCAACAAACGGCACCGUGGACACCCGUCUCCAGCUCAAAUCCGAAUGGCACACUUGCGAACUUAACAUUGCCCUUCCCAGCUUCCGACUCUAUUUUUACGAACAGAACCUCGUCCAUAAUGAUGAACCCAACUACAGCUGGUGCAUCACUGAGCUCUUCAAGAGGCUUAGAGAAGACCCCCAUCGAGAGCAAUGAUGAUGACGAUGAUGACGACGACGAUGAUGAAGAGGAACUCAACGACACCACAAACCCGAAGCCAACUGUCACGUCUCCCAAGGCUGACGCUUUUCACAAAGUGGCAUGGGGGACAAAACGGGACUCCGAACCGAAGAGUGCCACUCCCCCUAAAGGCAACAAGCGCUCAGUCAAUAGCCGCCGUACGCCUCGGGAGCCAAUAGGCAAAGCGGCCUCUGCUUCAAACAAGAGCAACUCCGACUCCGAAAGUAAUCAUCGUUCCAAAAGCAGACUAAACCAUGAUCAGACCGAGAAACGGUAUCGGAAUAGACUAAAUUAUCAAUUCGAUAACCUUCUCUCAGCUAUCCCUGCGCGCUUGAUUGCGGAAUCUGAAGGUUCAAUCGGUGGCCCGGAUGAUCGACGAGAGAAAAGAGUCAACAAGGCAGAAGUUCUGAUUCUCGCGAAGAGGCACAUUGAGGAAUUGGAACGGAAGCAAUGGGAGUUCAAAGCAGAGAACAGGCGACUGGCCGCACGUGUGAAAGAGUUCGAAGAGGCGUGGACACGAGGGGGGGGGGGGGGCAACCCCUUAAUGCCCUAG